CAUCCAGCAAAAUGUCAUUAAGCACUUGACUAAGCUUAACUGUAGUACCCCAGCAGAAAACGCUCAGUGUACUAAGUUGGAAACGACACUGGCUGUGCACGUUCAAAAAAAUCAAUAUAUAAACACCAACUUUCCAGCGGUCGAAAUGGUCCAAGCCACAGUUUUUUCGUCGUUCCCUCCAAGUUUUGAAUAUUGUUUGAUAAGCCCAAAAAAGUACCUUUAUCCAUAAUGCGACCUGAGAUCUGCAAGUCGCUUUUUGGGGUGGCGCUAUCUUGACUCCACCGUUACGAGCGGAGAUUGGCCUCACAACACCACCUCGGGCCUGGCAGGCGUCGCGAUUAGCUGGACAUAAAUCACCGUAAAAGAUGGAUAACCAGAUCCAGGUGCUGAAUGUUGAGCGUUUGCAGGCACGGGAAACCUGGCUUAAAACAACCAAGACAAAGGUCACUCAAGUUAAUGGCCAGCGGAAAUAUGGAGGACCACCUGAGGUAUGGAUGGGGCCAGCCCCUGGAAUAAACUGUGAGGUUUUCAUCAACAACAUCCCACAAGACGUCUACGAGGACUUGCUGAUUCCUCUCUUCAGCUCGGUGGGGCCACUGUGGGAGUUUCGACUCAUGAUGAACUUCAGCGGACAAAACCGUGGAUUUGCUUAUGCCAAAUAUGGCUCUGCAGAUGUGGCUAAAAAUGCUAUUCGCCAGCUACAUGGUCACAUGCUUUUGCCAGGUGCGCAUUUAAUUGUAUGCCUUAGCACUGAGAAGAGGCACGUCUACCUCACAAAUUUACCAGCCACCUUCAAGCAAGAUGAGCUACUGAAGGUACUUCACGAAAUGGUAGAAGGGGUUGAGAGCCUUUCUCUGAAAUCUGGACCUGAAAUAGAGGGUGUGUCAGCCAUAGUCGUCUUCUCAUCUCACUAUGCGGCUUCUAUGGCAAAGAGGGUACUAAUGGAAGGAUUCCUGAGGCGCUUUGGCAUACGCAUCUCAGUCCAGUGGCAGUACCCAAUAAAGGUGAAAGAUGAGUUGCACCUUCCUCAGAAAUAUAAAUCCUUGAAGGCUUCAACCCCGAAGCUUCCAUCCAACAUGGCGAACGUCUCAAAGAUUUUAGCCCAGCCUCCUCCUACUCCACAAAACCCUUCAUUGAUUCCCGCUGAUUUCUGCAGAGCUGUGGGAGGACCCGUUGCCCCUAAGUCAACCUCUCAUGAGCAUCUGUCUCCAGCAUUGUCAGCCUCUCCAGUGACUUUCCUUCAAAAGUGUUGUGAAAUGAGUGGAAUUGGUCUGCCACAAUUUGAGUUUUUCUGCAGCGGUGAUGGACCUGAUGAAUUCCUCCACUUAACCUUUAUGGUGAGUAUCCUUGGCCUGGGAGUCUUCCCAGGGGAAGUUAGAAUAUUGCCGGGACCCACUGCCACAACCACAAUCGAGAGAGCUCGAGAGGCUGCAGCUCAGCAGCUUCUGAAGUCUGUGAUUGGUCUGAAGGUCUUCCUUCGCUGAAUCUGUUUGGAGCCUAUCCUGCCCUUGUUCUCGUUUGUUCAUGCUGUGUGCUUUUCUUAAAAGAGGUAUGUAAUGUUGAUUGUGGUUUGUUACCCUGUGCAUGUUUAUGAUUAUUAGUAUUUCCGAGUUGUAGUGGAAUAAUUUCACUUGGUUGAACUUGUUUUAUACUUGCACGUGUUUUAUUGCUUGACUUGUUUCUGUAUAAA